GGGUAAAGAUCUACACGACAAUUGCCGUAGGCCCUAGUUCGGGACAAGGUUUAGGGUACCACUAAACCUGUCAUACUCCACUUGUAUGUUGUAAUUUCGUUUGCUCGGACUUCUUCCGCACAGCCGUCCCGUUCUGUCUCCACUGCCUCAUUCUUUAACUCGGGUUGUUCUUUAAUACUCCUCAAGCACAAUGCCAAUCUUCAUGCUACGGAACAGUUUUCUUCAUUUUCCGACCCGGUAACUGUUCGAACCUUACUUAUCCAUCAUCCAUUGGCAGUUGCGUCUGUCUUCACUGCGGCUUAGGACAUAUGUGGAAAAUGUCCGCCCUUGUUUCUGCGGGCCUUGCGGCGAGCGCAGCCACUUUGCCGACAGUGGUCUUUACCCCGGGCGCUUGGCACGGUCCCCAGUCCUUCGAUCUCGUACGCGCCGGACUGACUGCUAAAGGCUACGAGUCGGAGGCUAUCAAGCUGCCCUCUGUCGGCGCAGAGCCCGCCACUGUCGGCCUUGAGGAGGAUGCCGCAGUGCUGCGGUCCACCAUCGAGGCCCUCGCCGACGAAGGCAAAGAGGUCGUCCUAGUUGUGCAUUCAUACGGCGGCAUGGUUGGCGGCAAUGCUGUGAAAGGAUUGGGAUAUCAGCAGCGCGCUGCUGACAACAAGACUGGCGGUGUCAUAAUGAUGAUGUACCUGAGUGCCUUUGCGGCGCCUCAGGGAGUCAGCUUGUUGGACAUGCUGAGUGGAAAGUACUUGCCCUGGAUGAGAGCUGAUGGUGAUAAGGUCUUUGCCGACACCCCGGAAACCAUCUUCUACGCCGACGUCAACCCAGUUCUACAGGCCAAGGCUAUCCAGGAACUCAGCUGGCAGUCCGCACGCGUCUUCUCCGACCCCUCGACAUAUGUUCCCUGGAAAGACGGUAUCGAGGUUAUGUACUUUCACUGCACGGAGGACCAGGCCAUCCCGUUGGCCACACAAGAGGCCUUGGCGGCACAAUUUCCGGCAGGAUACACGACAUACUACGCCAACUCGUCGCACUCCCCCUUCCUGUCUCAUCCGGACUUGGUUGUUGAGGGCGUCGAGCUUGCCGCCAAGGUUGGAAAGGAAAAGAUUACUAUCUAAAGUUUCUGUCGAGUAAUUGGGUAUAGGCUGAGGGGUGUGUGGCAACCGGACUUUACUAUCUAAUAACUCUUUUUGAGCGUGCCCCUAGGGAUAAGUAGAGACAGUAAUAGUCAAUAGAGUACUAUUAUUGUGUCACAAGAUAUCCCUUUAGUUGCGAAAUGACCUC